AUGGAUCGUAGCAGUGAGGAUAUGUCCACGAACAGCAUCAAGCUUCUAGCAGGUAAUUCACAUCCUGAACUAGCAGAAAAGAUCUCUACCAGAUUAGGUAUUUCAUUAUCGAAAGUUGGUGUAUACCAGUACUCCAACAAGGAAACUUCAGUGACCAUUGGUGAAAGCAUCCGUGAUGAAGACGUAUACAUCAUUCAAACAGGUAUCGGUGCCCAAGAAAUCAAUGACUUCCUUAUGGAAUUAUUGAUCUUGAUUCAUGCUUGCAAAACUGCAUCGGCAAGAAGAAUUACUGCAGUGAUUCCCAAUUUCCCAUACGCAAGACAAGACAAAAAGGACAAAUCUCGUGCUCCAAUAACUGCCAAAUUGAUAGCGAAUUUAUUGCAAACCGCAGGGUGUGAUCACGUUAUUACGAUGGAUUUACAUGCCUCCCAAAUUCAAGGGUUCUUCCAUAUUCCAGUAGACAAUCUAUAUGCUGAACCAAGUGUGUUGAAUUAUAUUAAGACAAGGACUGAUUUACAUAACGCCAUAUUGGUUUCACCCGAUGCAGGUGGUGCUAAGAGAGUAGCUUCAUUAGCUGAUAAAUUAGAUUUGAAUUUCGCUUUGAUUCAUAAGGAAAGACAGAAGGCUAAUGAAGUGUCUAGAAUGCUUCUUGUUGGAGAUGUGACAGGGAAAUCCUGUUUAUUGGUCGAUGAUAUGGCUGAUACUUGUGGGACUUUGGUGAAGGCAUGUGAUACUUUAAUGUCUCAUGGUGCUAAAGAAGUAAUUGCUAUCGUUACUCAUGGUAUAUUUUCUGGUGAUGCAAGAGAAAAAUUGAAGAAUAGUAGAUUAUCAAGAAUAGUGUGUACUAAUACUGUCCCAGUGGAAUUAGAUUUAGCCAUAGUUGAUCAAAUGGAUAUUAGUCCCACUUUGGCUGAAGCUAUAAGGAGAUUACAUAAUGGAGAAUCCGUUUCUUAUCUAUUUACGCAUGCUCCUGUGUAA